AUGGUUUUUUGGGGCUUAGUAACGACCCUUGCUUUGGCAGGGAUAUCCAGCGCUAAACCAACCCCACGUGCCGGAUGUUCGCCUCUCCAGCUUGUCUUUGCCGCUGGUACGGGCGAGAAAGGGCUAGGACUUGCUGGAGAACCCCUUUCAGAGGCGCUGGGUGCCGCUAUUCCAGGAACUACGACGUACGCUCUCCCAUACGACACAUCGGUUGAAUAUGAUACCACCCUCGUCGCAGCAGCUGAUUCGGUGCAACAGUACUUUGCUAGCCAGUCUACUGCAUGCCCUGACCAGAAGUUUGUAUUUGGAGGAUAUUCCAAGGGAGCAAUGGUUGUUCACCGCACCUCUCUUCCUGAUCCCAUCAAAUCCAAAGUGGUUGCUCUUGUAAUGUUUGGAGAUCCAUAUCUCAAAUACCAAACCACAGAAUUUGAAAACGCAUGGCCAAUCGAUAACCCAGAAGUUAACCUCCAACCCGGAAGUACGACCGUUCCCGGUGCCAAUGUGGCUAGCUUUUGCAACUCGGGAGAUAUAAUCUGUGACUUGAUGGGCAAUGCAGUUGAGCCCCACCUUGCUUAUGGAACCGAUGGGAGUGCAACCAAGGCCGCCUCGUUUGUGAAAGGGGAUGAUCCAUUAGUGUCAGUCACUAUUGCGAGUGCCUUCCCUCCUUACGGUGAUUCUGCUGGUUACUACGUCAUCCUUGCCAACGAGAUUGGGGUCAACGUCGAGCUAUUCUUAGUCGAUCUUUUCAAAGCCGAGCACAAAGACACCAAAUUUAUUGAAAACUACAACCCCUUUGGACUGGUUCCUGUUCUGGAGGACGAGGAUGGAACAAAAUUAUAUGAGUCUCGCGCCAUUUGUCGCUAUCUCAUCGCCAAGUAUGCCCCCGAAUCAGAAUUGCUCCCUAACCCAAGCGACGUGAAGAAGUACGGUCUUUUUGAACAAGCCGCUAGCAUCGAGUAUUCGAGUUUUGAUAGGUGGGGUGCGUCCAUCACCAUUGGACGCGUAAUAGCUCCUAUGGCGGGAUGGCCUAUAGAUGAGGAAGAAGUUAAGAAGGCAAUUAAUACCUUGACAAGUAAUAUGGAAGCCUAUGAGCGUAUCCUAUCCAAGCAAAAGUACCUGGCCGGAAAUGCUUUCACUUUCGCAGACCUAUCCCACCUUCCCUUUGGUCAAAUAAUCAAUCAUUUUUACCCUGAGAUCUUUUCUUCUCAACCCCAUGUCAAAUUGUGGUGGGACACAAUCUCUUCCCGGGACUCCUGGAAGUCCACCCUUAAACUUACAGGAGAGUAUUAG